GAUCAUUCGACCCCGCAGCUUACAAGAGACGUCAUAUCUUCUCUCGCUCUUGAUCUUACUCUUGCAACCAAAUCGAAAAUGUCGGCCUCAACGAACAUUCAGUCACUUGCCUUCGAAGUUCUUGAGAAUAUUCUUUUCUUUGUGCGCAAUGACAAGAAUGGCCAAGAUUCAAUCAAAGAGUGCCGCUUAGUUUCACGAUGCUUCCACGAUGCUGCGUCGCCCUUGUUCCUCACCGAAGUUUCUGUCUGCCUUACCUCGAAAUCAUUCGCUCGUCUAGAAGAUAUUUGUUAUCACUCCAUUUUCAGCAAGUCAGUACAAAAGGUCAUCGUCGUCACCUCUUACUACGAAACCGAAUUAGCCUGCAACAGGCCACUAUUUAUGCUCGAAGCCAAGGCCAGACUUCUUCGACAUGUAGAGACCAUGGAACGCUCGAGGUCAUACCGGAAUAAGUACCCUCACACGCAAGCGCAAUCCCGGUGGCUGUCAAAUAUGGCUUGGAGAACAGAGCCUGAAUUCGAACAACUUUUCAGUGACCAGGUUGACGAAGCAUCACCAACGCCUAACCAAAGGCUAUUUCUCAAGCUUUAUGAUCUUUAUAAAGAAUUAUACAACGACCAACAGCAGCUUCGAAAAGAUGAAAACCACAUUACCCGCUUAUGUGCCGCUUUGAGUUCCUUGUCCAACCUGGUAUCCUUGGAGCUUAACGACGUCAAGAAUUGGGGAGGCUUGGAACAUCUGGACGCUGCUGACUUUGCCCAUACUGGAUACGACCAUGCAAUACUGCAGCAUUUUAGCCCUGCUUUACGUAAGUCAAGAUGGUGUGGCUCUUUCAAGACAACUCACACUGCAACACCACCUGUUGAGAUGCUCGGAGCGUUGUGUUCUCAGCUUGCAAAAAAAGGCCUGAGGCCCAAGAUGAUUCGUCUCCGCUUGGUUCCUCCGCCCAGCAUGCAAGCCUGGCAACUAUCACCAUCGCAACAGACAGGAGUUAAGGAUCUGGUUGCUCAGACCACGAAAUUAGCACUAUAUGUGGAUUUCGGUACCCGCGACUUUGAACUUGAGGAUAAUCCGAGGCACGAGAUGCUUGCACUUUGCUCUAUCACCCAGUCAUUCAUGAGCGCACCUCAUCUAGAGAUUAUGCAUGUUGAGUUUAUUGGUUAUCCUCCUCUUGAUAGAAGACCGACUGUUUCUUUGGAUGAUAUUCUGCCAGUUAACCUUUCAUGGCCACGGCUUCAGACUUUGAGUCUGCAUAAUCAACCCUUCACAGUAAUGGAGCUAAAGUCCCUGGUUUCUCGACACUCUGAGACCCUGCGCAACUUGGACUUGCAAGAUUGUUGGUUGAUUGAAGGGAGCUGGGCUAAUAUUAAGGAAAUCAUUCGAGAUCAACAAGCUCUAGAGAAGAGUAGUGUAAAAUACCCAAAAGGUGGAAAUCAGGGUUAGUUCAGGGACAGAAUGCUAAGCAUAGGCUUUAAUAUGUGACUGUAUUAGUAAUUACUUUAGUAAGGCUACUAUUGUUAUCGGUGAAGAACUAAUUAGGGCCCACGACCGUUGGAGAUGUAAAGAGUAUUAAAACUACUGUACGCGUUAGUUUGAUGCAGUCAUGAGCGCGGG